GUCCACAACUCCUCUUGGUCGUCCACUUGAUCAUGACGAGCCAGAACUACGUCGAACAAACCACUAUGCAUUCAGACGGACUAUCAGACCCCAUGCCCAGCAGGCGCACCUCAGUGGCACAGCCUCCAACCACAAUCUAUCCAGACCUCAGAAGCCCCCCUUUUGCUGUAAGUCGAUAUAUAUAUGUCCUUGAGUAGCCGUCCAGGUGUGUCUGACAGAUACAAGGUCACAACUUUCAACCAUCAGUCGCAACUCGGUGAAUCCCACAUGUUGACUCCAGUGUCUGGUGGCGGCUCGCCCUGCAUGCAACAAACAACAACUCUUCCCCAGUACCCAUCAGCGAUGGCUCCCAUGCAGCCCCAGUCGAGUCCUUCCGGAUCCUCCAGGAUGGCUUGGCAUAACACUGUUGCCAUGAGUGCUCCCCAGAGCCAAGUUGGCUCCCCGAUGGCCAUGAACCCUCCCACAACCGAGAGUCAUUUCGAGAUGAACUACAUCCAAGCAGAACCUGAGCACGAACGCGAACCUCCCGAAGACUACUACUUUGGUAACUAUACAGUUUCCGCGCAACCUCAAUCGGACCAGGGCUCCUUGUCCCCUCAGGUGCCACCCCACGGCUAUUACAUGUCUCAACCCCAGCAGCAAAUGAUGCAGCCGCAGCCUAUCAUGGGCGAGCUGUCCAUGGGACAAAUUCCGCAUCCUUCGCAAGCCCAGGCGCAGUACUAUGCCCAGCCGCAGACUCACACUUGGGUAGAGGACUCUGAUAUCACAUCCUUCAAGUCUGAAGCUACCAGGAGACGUUAUAUGGGAUACGCCCUUCCAAGCACACAAAUACAACGCCCAGAAGUCGCUCGGGGGCCUACCCGAGCCCGUCAAAAUAGCCAACAAGCAGCGGGCCGUUGCCAAAGAUCUCCUCGCGUCAGAGGUCGAGCGGAACAGUCCGAGGCAGAAUCGUCUGAAGAGCCGACUGCCGAUGACGAGAUGGCGCAUAUUAACUCGCUCCCCGAUGAAUUUGUCGUCAAGCCGGAAUGCCCUGAAGACGUCGCCUUUCUCUUCCAUCGUCAAAGGGACAUGAUUAUUUCAGGUGGCAAGGGUAACGGAAUGUGGGAUAUCAUUGCGGGCGAGCACAGAGAGAGGUUCGGGAUGACAAGCUCUGCUGCACGUUUGCAAAUGCAGGUGACGAGAGGAAGAUCCAACUUUCUGGAGUGGUCACUCAGAGAUAGACAUAAGCUCAAAAUGGCUUUCGAUUUCGUCGAUGCGCAUUAUUUCAAGAUGGUCCACCGCAAGUUUAAGGAGCUCGGCGGUGGACAAACAACGGCGUGGGGCGCAAGCGACGUCGAGUACCUGGCAGUCGAGCGUGGCAUGGUAGAUUCGGGCUACACGGCCGAGCCUACUACCCAGCCAGGAAAGUCGCGGAGAACGAAGAAGCAGCAAACCCGCCUGAGGAACCUCGCCACAAGCAGCGCUGUUCUGCUUGACGACACAGUCGAAUUAGGGCAGAACCCAGAGCGGCGACAACAGAUACUCGAUGAAAUAUAUGAGUACCGUGGCGAGGAUCCCGAAGACGGUGUCGACGAAGAACCCAUGUUCAAGACGUUGGCCAGAGCUCGCCCACGAGGCCGCCAAGUAGAGAUCAAGAUGGAGGAGGAGAGCCCUGAGGAAGAGGCGGCAUCCUCGUCCAGCAAGGCCAAGGGCAAGCAGCCUGCCAGGAAAAGAGCGCCAGCGAAGCCUAGGGCCGUCAGAGCACGCAUGGUACCCAAGCCCAAGUUGGCCUGAAGAAUCAUCAGGGUUCAGACAAGAUCUACGACGCACACAUCAACACCACCAGUCAUGGUGACCUUCACUUCUUCCGAUGGUAGCCUCGUAUGAGGUGGGCCUGAGCAUGCUAUUCC